AUGUACGAGGAUGCCUGGAUCAGCGGCAUUGUCCCGGAGCACCACCGCGAGCCCGAGAAGCCCAGGCCCACCGGCCACCGCCGCCGCGUUUCGCUCCUCAAGCAGCCCAAUGAGAGCAACCAGGCUGACGUCGAUCCCGUAGAAGCCAUUCCGGACAUAGUCGAGGAGCCUGAGGAGGAUAAUGGGCCCCCGCAUGCCACCGUCGCCCGCCGCGCCAAAUCGUUCAGCGACUUCUACGACGUCGCAAGGGCCCAUAUAAAGAAGGAGCGCGACCUCGAGAAGCAGAAGCUCAAGAAGCGCUCGAGAGAUCAGCUGAAGACCGAGCUGGAUUUCGGCGACUGGUACAAUGGCAUCAGCGACGAGCUGCUGGACGCAAGCCACGAAGAGUAUCAGUUGUACCGCGACCAGCUCCACUUGUCCCACCGACACCUCGAUUCCCUGCUGGAGAGCACAUCGUCCGCGCUUGACCUCCUGUCCGCUCUCUCCGACUCCUUCAAGGCUGUGGCUGCGCAGACGACGACCUUCCAAAGCCAAUGCGAAGGGUUAAUAGCAGACCAGAAGCGCGUUACGAAGCUUGCCGACGGCAUCGCUGAGAACCUUCAAUACUACACAUACCUCGAGCCUACUACAAGGAGACUUAACGCUCCUGGAGCAACCAACUUCGUUCGCGCAGAGGGCUUCACCGAAAUGCUGCUCAAUUUGGACAGCUGCAUAGACUACAUGAUGGCGCAUCCCACCCACAGCGAGUCUGCCACAUACCGCUCUCGCUACCGUCUCCUGCUCACGCGCGCGCUGUCUCUCAUCCGAGUCCACUUCACCAAUACCCUUCGCGAGAUUGCAGCCGACGUCUCAAAGAGGAUAGCAGACCGCCAAUUGAACGAUACCACAAUGUCCGCAUUGCUGUAUGCCAAAUUCCGCGUCGGUGCCGCAGAGUUGAAGGAGUUGGGCCUGGAGAUCCAGAAGAGAGCUGUAUUACCAGCCGAUGCAGACCCUGAUUCGGAACCAGAGUAUCAGAGCUUGAUGAACGAGCUCUACCAAAGCUACUCGGCAACUCGUGGGAGGUUGAUACUCCCCUUGGUCGCGAAGAAGAUGGCGGAAAUAUCUUUGGCACCUAGCUCUUCGAAGGACUUGGUCACAUUCGCAAGGAGCAGUAUUAGCUACAUUCGCGGUAUUUGCUUCGAUGAGUACGAACUGUGGGGAGAAUGGUUCGUGGGUGAGGGUGGCGUGUACGAUUUUCUGGAGAGUAUCAUGGAACCUUUCUACGACUAUUUACGACCACGCACCAUCCAUGAAACACAAUUGGUAAAACUCUGCGAGCUUUGCACCCUGAUCCAGACCCGGUACAUGGAAGAGGAGGAGGAAGAGUACGAGCUAGUCGAGUCGGUACGGCUCAACUUCCCCAAUCUGAUCCUCCCCGCAUUAGAAGAUGCCCAGACGAGAUUGGUCUUCCUUACUCUGACCAUCUUACGAGACGAGAUCGAGUACUAUAAGCCCAAGCCGGAGGACCUGGAUUACGCAUCACGCCACCGGAGGCCUUCUGAAAGUGAGAAGACAGGCCCUGUGCUAUCAGGAAAGAAGACUACGAACGGGCCGAUGAUGAUCCCAGCAGGAUUGGAGGACGAAGAAGGUGACUCGCGCUGGGCCUUCAACGCAGAAGCCGCAUUCAAGGACUGGUACCCUACGCUCCGCAAAGCCAUCUGGCUGCUCAGCAAAAUCUACCGCCUCGUAAACUCCACCGUCUUCGACGACCUCGCCCACCAAAUCGUCCACCAAACCACCCUCUCCCUCUACACGGCGGCCUCGCAGAUCUCGGCGCGGCACUCGCCGACGGACUCGCAGCUCUUCCUGAUCAAGCACCUGCUCCUGCUCAAGCAGCAGAUCGUGGCCUUCGACAUCGAGUUCGUGUCGCAGGACGUCUCGCUCGACUUCUCGUCGGUCACGUCGACGUUUUACGAGCUGCGCGAGCGCGGCGGCCUCUUCAACCCGGCCAACCUCGUGCGCGGCCUCGUCGGCGGCUCGCUGCUGCCGCGCGUCGUCGAGAACAUGCUCGACGCCAAGGCCGAGCUCGACGGCCGCCUGCGCACCAUCAUCAACGACUUCACUUCCGCCUUUGCCGGCCGCGUCACUGCGGCGGUAGCCCCUGAGAAGACGGGUCCGAAGAAGAAGGGCUUCGUGCCGGAGCAGGCGGUUGCGACGGUUAGGGAGUCUGUCGAGCGCGAGGUCGACUUCUUGCGCGGCAAGCUGGAAGAUUACAUCGAUGACUUGCGCACACGCGAGACGCUCGUUGUCGCGGUUGUUGAGCAGGUCGUUGCGAACUACGAGGCCUUCUGGGACCGCUUGGCGGAUGAGGGCAGGCGGCCUUCUGCUGGCGGUGCUGGGGCCGCCAAGGGCAAGGCCAGGGCGGAUGAGGUGUGGGAGCCCGGUGUAUUCGCCGAGUGGUGUGCUGGCGUGUUCAAGGUCGGCCAGUUCGGGCUGGGCGCGCAGUUGGAGGGCGCGGCGCAGGCGCAGGCGCUGGAGGACGAGGAGGCGGGCGGUGGCGACGAUGAUGAGGAAGGAGGGAGCGUUAGUAGCACAUAG